AUGGUUGCAUGGGCGAUAUUUUUCUCCGUUUGUGUGCAACCAAAUCAAGCCAUUAAGGAUGUGAGCGCGGCAGUCAGCUCCCUUGGUGAGAUGCAAAUGGGGCCAGGGGAGGUUCUGCCGCAUUUUAGCUACCGAUUGCUCCGAAAGGAGACGAGGUCGUCAAUACUGGCAUCCACAGAUCUGGCGUCAGCCCCUGCGCUUGGCAGAGCUCCAGAAAUAAAGCCUAAGAAGGCUUCUGGCGCAGUGUCUGCCUUAGGUGUUGCUCCGCAACUGGAGCAGAGGAGCGCUGAGCAGCGAGCACUGCCGGCAAGUUCGCCUGCUUUGGGAAGUUUCAGUAGCUCCUCCAAAACACGGACAGAACGGGGCAGGGAAGCAUCAUCUGCAUCAGAGUCCACCACCACGUCUGCGGAAACCUUGAGAGGUGAAGGUACCAUUUCUGAAGCUAGUACUAGCGAGGAACAGAGUGACAAUGAUGGCACCACCACGGACCAGAUGGGAAUGUCGACUACCGACGAUAGCUCCUCUGAAGAGGAGGAAGAAGAGGAGGACAUGGAGGAAGAGGAUGCACGCAGCAUGACAACUUCUGCACAGGCAGGGCCUGCAGAAGAGGGCACGGAAACGGAGGAAACCAGCACAAGUGGUGAGGGAGUUGUUGCUUCAACCACAACUUUACCUGAACAGGAUGCACAAGACGAGACAUCAAGCAGUAGGGCUGCUGUGGAGGAGUCUCCCGAGCAAGGCACUACCUCCAGUGAGAACGUGGACUCGACAGAGACAACUACGGAGUUCACUGAGGAGGAGUCUAGCAGCAGCGCCAGCCACAGCACCACAACAGCUCGCCCAACAGCAUCUACAACGUCAGGUGCCGAAUCAACUGCUGUCACAACUACGUCCAAGACAAGCAGAAGAAAGCGCUCUGGUGCCAAGAAGGUGUCCACAUCUACUAUAGGGCCAUCAACAUCGACUUCGGGAAGGAAAAGCAAAACUACUACUCGCACCAGGGCCAGUGCUAGAUCAACUACAAAGGCUGCGAAGAAGCCUCCGUCCACUACUACUUCAUCAUCGAGAAGAGAAGCGAAGACGCGUUCCACAAGCAGACAGCCCAACCGCAAAACAUCCACGCGGCGUGCUACUUCUACCACCUCCGGGCAGGCGUCUUCCAGGCCAGGCAAACCUGGCCCGACAAAAUCAACAACCCGUCCACAUAGCGCGAGUAGCUCAAGCAUACCAGUGAGACGGGCGUCUUCGACAUCACCCUCCUCGGCCAAGACAUCCUCUACCACCAUGGCUAGCACACCCUCUCAAUCCACAAGCUUAUCUACGUCAAAGAUGGAAACCUCUGCCCAGAUGCGCCAACAAACAACAGAAUCCACGACAACCACCCCAUCCAGGGACACUAGUACUACACAGCAAUCGCAAACCCAGUCCGCAAGUGUUCCGCUUGCGACGACAGUUCAAAGAGCAGUUCCAAACCCCGUUGCACAAACUGCUUCAAGUACCACAACCUUCACCACCACCACCACGGCCACCACCACCACCACCACCACCACCACCACCAUCACCAUUACCACCUCCACCUUCACCACGACUACAGAAACAACUUCCUCCACGUCCACUAGAAGCACAACCUCCUCCACACCUGCGACAACCAAAGUGCCCAGCAUCAGCACAGUCCUAACUACGACGGCGGCAUCUCUUGCCACCACGCCAGCGACAACGACCACUGAUAGGGUCCUUCCUAUGUGCCAAGGGCCUGCCCUGGUUUGUGAUCCCAAGGAGACGGACCCUUGCAAGUAUCAAAACCCUUGCAAUGGGUACCAGAUGUGCCAAGAAGGUGUAUUCAAACCAUGCGUGGACUUCACAAGUGGGGGUGAAAGCGGCUGUGAGCUCUCGCAGGACGUUUGUGACGGAACUCAGCUACAUCCGCUUCUUCUUGCUCGAUUGUCAGCGGGCCUCGUGCAGUAG